GAAUUGUGUGUGAAGAGCUGUGAAAAUUCUCUUAAGUCGGUGAGGUAUAGCGAUGUCGAUCCAGCUGCAUCAGCUCUUCGACGGGCGUGUCAAAGCCGCCUCGCUUUAUCAUCCAAGUAUCUCUGCCUUGAUCUGAACUGUGGAGCGGAGACGCGCAACUGGGCGCUGCAACAUCACAAUGCUACCUGUUAUGACGCGUUUGGGAGCCCUCUUCCCGCGUUCAAAACGGACUACACCGAGGAGGAAAUGACUGGAUUAAGGAAAGUCGGUAAGGAUGAUUCGUUUGACGCAGGAAACGAAUCGAGCGAGGCUGUUAUCCCGUCACUUGAGUGGUUCAGUGCUUGGUUCGAUACCUUGGACGCUGUUGAAUAUGCUAGUAGACAUCAUUAUCUCUAUGGCAUUAGUGUGAUGAUCUUCUGGGGUGCGGUGGUAUUUAUUGGCGUGGCGUAUAAGAUCUAUCUAGCCAUCUCUCAGUUACUCCUCAGCCGGUCCAGCUUUGACUCUGUCGGUAUAUGGACAGAAACUGGAUCAUGGUUCAAGCGCAAUGUCGCAAUUCCCGCGACAUUUGGAUACAGAUGUGCCCAAAAUGUUUGGUGGGCCACCAUUCCGCCACGCAUCCAGACACUAACGAUCGCACUGUUCCUUUUAAUGAACAUUGUAUUCAAUAUACACGGUUAUAGAAUUAUCGAUGAAAAUCUCUACUUUUCCACACCGCCUAGACAAGUGCUGCGUUACGUGUCAGACCGUACAGGAAUAAUAUCAUUUGCUAAUUUCCCUCUCAUUUGGCUAUUCGGAAUGAGAAAUAAUGUAGCCAUGUGGCUUACUGGCUGGGACUUUGGAACGUACAACAACUUCCACCGAUGGUGCGCCCGAAUCUCGACCCUUGAAGCCGUUGUUCAUUCCGUUCUUUAUACUAUUCUUAUCUUUAUGAAUGGGGGCUGGAAUUAUUAUUCAUCAUGGUUCACCAUGUGGUUUUGGAACGCUGGUCAAAUGGCGACUAUUUUCAUGUGCUCACUGCUAAUACUUUCUGUCUACUGGAUACGGCGUCGUUUUUACGAGGCAUUCCUCGUCAUACAUAUCGGGCUGUCCAUUCUUAUCCUCCUAACAAUGCUUGGACACGUUUCAGUAUUUAAUGGAGAAUAUGACGCCUUGUUUUGGAUACCUGCAUUUAUUUGGGUCUUUGAUCGACUAAUGAGACUACUGCGAAUCAUCAUCUACAACCCCGGGCAUUGGUCAACUACUGCAUUGGGAAGCUACAGCGAUUCAGCCAACAUCAUACGUUUAACUAUCCCUAUCGAUAAUGCGCUCUACAAGAUUCGAUCGGGUAGUUACUUCUACUUGACUGUCUUGAAUGACACGCGUUUUUGGGAAAGCCAUCCGUUUACUGUUGCAUCGACGUCGGGGGAGCUUCCACAAAAGGCAGAAUUCUGGGAUGGAGAAGAAGAGCCACUUUUGACUUCAACGACGAUUACUACAGAGAUUGAACUGGAGUGCAUAACCACCUUACCAAAGAAACGAUACAUGACAUUCCUCAUCAGGCCAUACGAUGGCUUCACCAAACGCCUUAGAGAUAUGUUGGUUGACGAACAAUCGAUUCCGAAGCCUCUUAGGGUUCUUGUUGACGGACCCUACGGCCACACGCAACGAUUGCAUCAGUACCGACAAGUCGUCUUCAUCGCUGGUGGAUCUGGAGUUGUCGUUGCCCUCUCGUACUUGAGCUCUCUAUGCGAUGAGAUGAAGGCGCUCACCACAAUAGAGUUACACUGGGCUGUCCGAGAACCUGCAUUUGUACGAGAUGUUUUAUCCAAUGAGGCCAAAAGGGCUCUUGACACGGGCAAAUUAACCCUGCAUCUCUAUGUGUCCUCACAGACGAAUGACUUCGCUGCGGAAGACCUACCAAGCCAGAUUGAGCAACAUGUUGGCCGGCCGAAUAUUCAUUCAGUCGUCAUGUCGGCAGCGCAUAGUGCUCAAGGCAGUGAAUUGGCCGUCGUCGCAUGUGGACCUGCUAGAAUGGCAGAUGACUCACGGCUGGCAGUGGUUGAUGCAUUAAGAAAUGGAAAUCAUCAUAUAGAUUAUUAUGAGGAGAGUUUUACAUGGUAG